GAGUCGAAGCCCUCAUAGAAUAGCAUUGGUAUUAGUGGUGAGCACUGACUGCCAGUGAAUGCCAGUGCGAGUCAAAGGCCUUCAUCUCAAUAGUGAACUCCAGAGUCUCAGUAAUGCUCUUCACAUCUGAGCAGAGAAUUUGUUGGACUGAAUGAGUGAAACAACACAAACACAUACACACAGCCAGUCCUACAGCCAGUCAUAGCAUAUACAGCGAUAGCAUCACAACAUUCAGUGAUAGAGACACUAAUUAUCACUCAUUUUGGUAUCAUUUCUCUCACUCCUGACUUUUUUGUACCACAUUUUGCCAUACAUUGGGAAGAAGUAGUGAUUGUGUGGUGAAUAUAAUGCUCUCCUGUAUUAAAUAUAUCGUUGUUUUCUAUAACUUCUUGUUUUGGUUGCUGGGAGUGGUAAUACUGGGUCUGUCGGCGUACCUCUGGUGGGACUCACAGAAUUACCUCGAUCUGAACGAAGUGGGCCAGUAUUAUGUGACGCCAUUCAUUGUGCUGCUAAUACUGGGGGGUGUGAUGACAAUCGUGGGCUUUCUUGGCUGUUGUGGUGCCGUCAGAGAGUCCUCAUGUCUUCUCGGAACCUAUUUCCUAUUCUGUGUGACGAUGUGUGUCGCGUGUGGGGCCUCACUAUUCUGGGCCAUACAUAACGAGAGCACAGUUCGCGAUAAGAUCGCGAGAGACACCCAGAAGUUAAUACUAGUGAACUACGGGUCGGGCAAUACGAACGCCACCGAAAUGCUUGUGGACCGCAUCCAACGCGACUUCGACUGUUGCGGCUCUUCAGGACCGGCCGAUUGGCUGAACGCCAGCUAUAAUAAGGAGAACAAGAGUCACGCGGCCGAGAGAGGGAUCGGCGCGUCCACUGCGUUGACACCAAUACGAAUACCACAUUCCUGUUGUUUGGAUCCCACGAGCCGUGACUGCGAGCGCGACACCGAACGCGUGCCGAUCACCCCCUCAGAGAUUCAGAACCUGCGGUCCAUUCAUCAAACGGGAUGUGUCGACAAGUUUGAGACAUUCAUCAAAGAGAAAUGGCAGUGGAUUUUGAUCACCGGAGGAAUACUGAUUGGCGUUCAAGUGUUUGCACUGAUAUUCGCGUGCGUUCUCUGCUGUGCUAUCUCUCGAGUGGGCGAUAAGUAACGGUAGCUCUAACUUAUGGUUUAGUCUUUUUUCACUACUUCUUCACUAUAUCUUUGGUUGGAUUUACUAUUUAAUUGAUUUGACGACAGAAACUAACAAUUUCUAUAUACAUAUAGCGAGUGUCUCUCUCUUAAAAACAAUUGAGAUUUUUAGUUGUUUUUAAUGAAAUAACGGAACAAAUUAUACUAAAAACUAAACACAAAAUGAUGUGAAGAAGUAUUCAAUUAUAAAUUUGAAUGACAGUAAAGAUUAGCGGAUCCGACAGUUUGUCUCAUUGUAUGCGUGAAUACAAUUCCUGCCAAACACUGCUUACUAUUAUAUAAUACAUAUAUCAAUACAUUAUUAACAAAUGUCAACACUUUUUUGCAUAAUAUCGCAGAUUUUUGUAUAAAGAGAAACAAAUUAUAUAUAAUAUUAAUUACAAUUGAAACAAAAGAGAGAAAUGGAAACUGAAUUUUGUUCAUAAAUUGUAUAAUUAAUAGAAAUAAUAGUAAUAAUUACUAAAAAAGAGCGCAACUAUUAGUUACUUCACAUUCAUCUCAAAACUCAUUGUAUGACAAACUCAUCCCUCAAACUAUAUAACAAAAAACACACAAAACAAUUGAAUUAAUUAAUGAGCUAUUUAUUGAACGGACGAACAAUACUGCUGUGUAUUUAUACUAUAAUUUAAAUUAUCACCGGAUAUGUAGUCAGACCUAAACAUAUACACCGAUCCCUUUUUUACAGGGAUUCAAAUUAAUUGAUUUAAUUAUAUAUAUUUUGAGUAUACUUUCAAUAUAUUGUUUAGCUCUGACUCUAAUCCACUAUUUAUACGCCAAAUGGGAAUCAUUACGAUAUCAAUACUCUAAUGAAUCUUCAAAAAACAUAUUUCAACAAAAUUAUUGUCAUUUUGUGAUUAAUUUGUAACAAUUAUUUAUCAAAUGCCACAUAAGUUAUGCCACA